AUGAUCGACCUGAGCUAUCUGACGGAGGAGGAGCAGGGCGUCAUCAUGACGGUGCUGAGGAGGGACACCCAACUGAAGAAGGCAGAGGAGCAGAGAGUCCGGAAUCUGGAGAGUAUCCUAAGUGGAGAUUCACCGUCGUCAGACUCCAAACUGAAGUAUCUGACAGGCGAAUGGUUCUACAAGGCCAAGUCUCAAAGACACAGGGACAAGAUCCAUGGCUCUGAAAUCAUCCUGGCCUCCAUGAAGCAGCGGGGAGAUUUAGAGGGAUUUUUAAGAGCUGAAAGACCAAAAGCGCCCAGCAGUCAAAGUUCUGACUUGGCGGCUCCACCAAAACCUUUCAGACGUUUGGAUGCAUCCCAGCCAAAGGAGCUAAACAGUAAUGCAGAGAAAGAGGAUCUCAAAUCAGCAGGGUGGUCGCCAAGAAUUACAAGACACAACCCUUUCAACAGAGCUUCCCGUAAUGUGGCCAUGCCCGCUGAAAAUGCUCAGGUCUGCUCAAAGAGUCAAGAGUCCGAGACCGAGUCCUCCUCCUCCCUGAAGUAUCGACAACCAGGUGGGAGCAGUCAGACCUCGGACACCUCCACCACAUCAGAUGGCUCCUUUGCAGGGUACAAACCUGUGCCCAAAAGGAGGACAUUUGUAUCAAAACAUAACACCAGCCAGUCAGGCAGCAGUGGUGUAGCCUUGGACUCUCGGGUGGGUUCACUGGGGGUCGUCCCAGCCCCGAGAAAGAGCCCCUGGCAGAGUUCGAGUGGAAGCUCCAACCAGUCCAACUUGAGGGGUCAAAAAAAUGAAGCCAUGGUGUCCGCCCUACUGUUCCAUUCUAAUGGGAUCUCCCAGCAGCCCAAGUGCGACGUGUCUCAAGUUUUGUCUCAUUCCAGUCUAUGGACACAAGAGGGAGACAAAAAGCUAUCUUCUCUAACUAUUGACAGAACAUUCCCAAGAGGUGGCGAGUCAUUCGACAGAAAAAACGCAGAGAUGACCAAAACCAAUAUAACCCAAAGAGAUCAUUCCGACCGCGCCACAGGAAGUAGUGUCCUGUAUCCAGAUACUGGAGGCAGUGUGUUGACAGCAACAGAGGAACCUGUGUGGAGUUUAGCUCAAAGUAUUGUAGGUGGCGAUCCUCCAAUAUCAUAUGAUAUCAACUACAUUGAGUCGUCCGAGCAGAAAAUGCCAAAGAGAUCCCAUCAGAAACACGUUUUCAAGUUGACCACGCAGACCUCCAGUCCUACUGGCAAUGAUGAAAACUCCAUCGCAAAAGUGCUGGACUGGUUCAACCGCAGCACAGACAGCAGCGACUGGCUGAGUGCAGAAGACAGGCCUGAAGUCUCAAAGAAUCCCCCUGACAGAAACAAUGAGUUAGACGUGUUAAUAAAGAACGAUACAGAAGGUGUCAGAAGUUUUCUGCAGAAAGAAUCAAUUGAAACGGAGAUACUUUCGUCGCAAACACAAAAGGAUGAGGUGUCGAAGUAUGCUGGAGAUGGGUUGGUGAAAAAGGAAUACGAAAGCCAAACACACAAAAAAAUCAACACCAUAUACCCAAACACCAUAACUUCCAUGAUCUCGAGAGAUAUCAUGGAGACGGAAAAACUCGGAAUCUUUACGGGGCAGGUAACCUACGCCAAAAAUGGAGUGGAUGCUGGUGAGCUGAAACAUUCAGAAACCAACCAAAAUGAAAAGGAGGUAGACACACACAUUGAUAGCCGUGUCAAGCGAAUAGCGCCACAACCGCCUCAAAGAUCCAAUCUAGAGUCAAAGAGGCUCACUUCAGUCCAAACAAAUCCACAAGUGGACACCAGUUCCCAGUCAAGAGAUUGUGCAACAGAAGAAGACCUGUCAGGAACCAUCCAGUCUACAGACUUAAAGACACAUGCGAACAUUGUCGAAACCUUCAGUAAAAUCCAAAACAGUUUAGGUAAAGACUUGACAGAUAGACAAGACAAGGAUCAAAGUGCUCAAUCGAUCAUGUCUCCCAGAAAAAAUUACCAAGCAGAUAGUCCUCAUUCCGAAAGACAAAACUAUGUCCAGGAAGUAAGCACCGCAGACAAGAUCAAGCAGCUCAAAUCUUUCUGGGAGCAGGAGAGAACCAAGCCUGUGGUCCGUGAUAGUAAACCUAAAGCAGUUCGGGGUGCAAAGCUGAAUAAAAGAUUCACAAAAUCAGAGUACGACUUGCGGGCCAUAUGCAACAAUUCAGGCAGCGAUGAAGAAGAUUGUCAAAGAAACCAUUUGAAUCCGAGGUUAGAAAAAAUGUCCCCGACACUUGGUGCCAGCAGAGAACACUUUAACAGUUUACUGGAGUUCUGGGAUGAUGCCACAACAGAUUCCAAGUCUGUUGACAGGAUAAAAAGCCCCAAAAAACAUCAGAUUUUUCAGCAUACAUCUCAAGAUUUACAGAAUGCUGAGCCAGAGUCAUGCCGCUUAUCUCCUACUAAAACGUCUCAUGAUAGAGACGUUGGCUCUGGCUCGAUAGCAGUAAACGAUGCCAAAAACAACUUUUCCAGUCAUCAGGUAGCUGAGUCCAAUGCCUCAAAAGAACCCAAAAAGAUUGUGGGUAGAGAGGAGAAAGCCACAAAACCACCUACAACUCCAACAAAGGAGGUUCGUUCUCCAAAGAGACGCAAAGACAGCUUCAGCCAUUCCAGUAGUCGAGGCAUGUCUAUGCGUCGAGCCACCAGCAUGUUCACUCUUAUUGAUCCAGAACCACCAUGUUCUAGUGAGAUGAAGAUAGAUGUAAGCCCUGUUCACUCCCACAGCAGAAAGCAGUGGCCUUUGUACCCCAAGACUACAGCCAUUACUUAG